ACCGCGGAGGUAUUUCUCGGGAGUCUCAUGUACAGCAAGAGCAAGAGCAGCGCCAUUGUCCACAGAGGAGGUCGGCAUCUUCAUCAUCGUCUUAAAUAAUCACAAUAAUGGCCUUACACGUCCCUAGAGCCCCGGGAUUCGCCUCCAUGCUUAAGGACGGCGCCAGGCACUAUGCAGGCCUGGAGGAAGCAGUCUUUCGUAACAUCGCUGCUUGUAAGGAGUUUAGCAAGACUUUGAAAACAGCGUAUGGGCCACAGGGGCGGAACAAGAUGGUCAUCAAUCAUUUGGAGAAGCUGUUUGUGACCAAUGACGCAGCGACUAUCAUCAAGGAAUUAGAGAUUGAGCAUCCUGCCGCCAAGCUGAUGGUGCUGGCCUCCCAGAUGCAGGAGCAGGAGAUGGGUGAUGGGACUAAUUGGGUCAUUAUGUUUGCUGGGGCACUGCUUGAGGCUGCCGAGGACCUGAUUCGGAUGGGCCUGACUCCGACCGAUAUUGCCGAAGGUUACCAGUUGGCUGUUGACAAGGCCCUGGAGGUUCUGCCAAGCCUUCAGUGCUGGGAGGUGACUGACACACGGAAUUUGGAACAGGUGAGUAAGGCCCUACGCACGGCUAUCAUGAGUAAGCAGUUCGGCAAUGAAGAUUUCCUCGCCAAGCUUGUGGCCAGCGCUUGCAUCUCCAUUCUGCCCGAGAAGACCACAUUCAACGUUGAUAAUGUGAGGGUCUGCAAAAUCUUAGGAUCUGGCAUUCACAAGUCCGAAGUUGUCCAGGGUAUGGUUUUCCAGCGGACAGUAGAAGGAUCUGUUACAGCCAAAGAGAAGGCCAAGGUUGCCGUGUACUCCUGCCCCUUUGAUGUGACCACCACAGAGACCAAAGGAACGGUUCUGAUCCACACUGCCGAUGAGCUCGCCUCGUUUUCAAGAGGAGAGGAGAACAGGAUGGAAGGGGAUGUGAAGGCCCUGGCUGAUGCUGGUGUCACGGUUGUUGUUGCUGGUGGGAAGAUUGGCGACCUAGCCCUUCACUACCUCAACAAGUAUAACAUCAUGGCCGUGCGAGUCACCAGCAAGUGGGAUCUUCGCCGCCUCUGCAAGACAGUUGGGGCCACCAUCCUGCCGAAGCUCACAUGUCCCACCCCAGAAGAAAUUGGUCUGUGUGAUCGCGUCUUCAUGGAUGAAGUUGGCGAAAUCCCUGUAACAAUUUUCCGGCAAGAAGGAGAAGAGUCGAGGAUUGCUACCGUGAUCAUCCGGGGGUCUACCGAUAACUACAUGGAUGACAUUGAGCGGGCCGUAGUGGAUGCCAUCAACACUUUCAAGGGGCUGUGUCGCGAUGGAAGGUGUCUGCCCGGAGCCGGGAGCACAGAGAUUGAGCUCAGCCGUCUCAUCGAGCAAUACGGGUCACAGUGCCCAGGGCUUGAGCAGUACGCUAUCAAGAAGUUCUCCGAGUCCUUGAGAGUGUUCCCCAAGGUUCUUGCCGAUAACUGUGGAGCAGGUUACCAAGAGACGCUCUCCAACCUCCUGGCCGCACACACCGAGGGCAAGAAAAACGCUGGCUUUGAUUGUGAGAACGAGGGAUCGGGGGUGAUUGAUGCCGCAGAGAAGGAAAUCUACGACCUCUAUCUCACCAAGUACUGGGCCAUCAAGUAUGCAACCUCCGCUGCCAACCAGAUCCUUCGAGUGGACCAGAUCAUCAUGGCUAAGCGAGCAGGGGGUCCGAAGCCAAGGGGAAUGGGUGCCCAGGAUCCCGAUGAUGAUUGAACUUAUCUUACGGAGGGCUGAAUUUAUAUGUACUUUUGGUGACUUCUGGCAACUCAAACGCUUCUUUGCCUAUAACCAAAUACCUUGCCGUUAACAACCUCAGUGUCAGUAUGUUCUGUUUACAUUACCAAUAAAGUCUUGCACACUAAA